CGCGAGCGGAGUCCAGAAGGGACGCGCCACACCAGCUGUCCGCGGACUCCCAGUUCCCACCCUCGUCCAUGGCAGCGCCGGGACCCCGUGCCUUUCGGGCUGCGCUUUGCGGCGGCUGCUGCUGCCUCCUCCUGUGUGCCCAACUCGCUGUGGCUGGUAAAGGAGCUCAAGGCUUUGGGCGGGGAGCCCUGAUCCGCCUGAACAUCUGGCCUACUGUCCAAGGGGGCUGCAAACAACUGGAGCUCUGUGAGCAUUGUGUGGAGGGGGACAGAGCACACAACCUCUCAGGCUGUGUGUGGCAGCAAUGUCGACCACAGGAACCAGGACACUGUGUGGCCCAAGCUGAGGUGGUCAAGGAGGGUUGCUCUGUCUACAACCAUUCAGAAUCCUGUCCAGCUGCCCACCACCAUCCCACCUAUGAACCGAAGACAAUCACAACAGGGAGCCCCCUCCCUGAAGCCCACAGCCCUGGCUUUGAUGGUGCCAGCUUCAUCGGGGGUGUUGUGCUAGUGCUGAGCCUGCAGGCGGUGGCCUUCUUCCUGCUGCGCUUCCUCAAGGCCAAGGAGAGCACUUACCAGACACUGGAGGAGAACCAGUAGGUGAUGGCCCAGGCAAGUCUUCAGCCAGUCUGGAGCCGUGGGCAGGAUCCAGGCUGUGUGAAAGUGUGGUGUCCUCUGAGAAGGGAGCCGAGCAAGGCCCCGGGUUCUGUGUGCCGUGGGGCGGGCGCUGCAGCCUGCGUUAGAGUGUUUGUCUUCCUGCUGCACCUGCUCUCUGGGGGGUGAGAUGCUUUGCCCAACUGAGGCAGGGUCACCUCCCCUAAGUGUCCUCUCUGUGUGACCUCAGAAUCUGACCCCCUUGGGCCUGCUCUCCACACUGAGGGGAAGGAGGACUCAGAGGCUAACCCUCUUGGCCACUUUGUGAGCACUGGGGGUGGGAACAGCUUUGGCCAUCAGUUUCUGGCCCCUGUGGACACUGAGCAGGCUCAGCAACCAAUGCCUGACAUCCCCUCCUGUCCUGGGCCUGCCACCUACAGCUGAGAACAUCCCUCAACCACCUCGUGUCUCAUCUGUGGACCCUGCUGGGUCCCUCAGCCUGGUACCUGGGGUCUGUGCCGCCUCUUCCCACCAACCUAGCCUGGGCUCUGUCCCCCAAAUAAAGGAACUG